AUGUCGGAUGUCAACGAAGAUAAAGAGCUGAGCGCUGGGGCGCCAGGAUCGUCACAACCACAGCAGAAAGAGCGUCGCAAGAUCGAAAUCAAGUUCAUCCAAGACAAGACACGGCGUCACAUCACUUUCUCCAAGCGUAAACAUGGGAUCAUGAAAAAAGCAUACGAGCUGUCGGUGCUGACCGGGACACAGGUGCUGUUGCUGGUGGUCUCGGAGACUGGGCUGGUGUACACGUUCACGACGCCGAAGUUCCAGCCGAUCGUGACGCAGCCCGAGGGUAAGAACUUGAUUCAAGCGUGUCUGAACGCUCCGGAGGAUGAGGAAGAGGCAGAGGAUGAGGAAGACGAGGCGGAAGACGAAGAGGACGAGAACGUGUCGGUGGAUUCGACAAAGAUCCCCGACCCUCGUGCUGUUGCAUCUGCUCAGCAACAACAGCAACAGCAGCAGCAACAACAACAACAGCAUCAACAACAGCAACAAAUGCCGCCACAGAUGCCGCCACAGAUGCCGCAUCAACAACUUCCACAUCAACAUCCACAUGCUCAUGGCCUUCCACAAGCACACCAGCAGCAGCAGCAGCCGCCGCAGCAACAACCCCAACCAUCUGCUUUUGGGAAUCCUGCGGCGUAUUUGAAUGCAGAGCAAGCUGCUGUUUACCACCAGUACUUCAACGGCGUCAACUCUCAGCAGGGACAAUAUUGA